UGUGACGUCAGCUCCAUUACAGUAUCGUGAUUCACGGCAAUGGCGACGUUUAUCUCCAUCCCGUUCAAGAAGACUAAUGAAGUCGAUUUAGUCAAACCGCUUAAAAACUUAAUAUCUACUUACUGCAGCACGGCCGACGAACCCGUAGACUGUACGGAUGCAUUGAACGAGUUAGAAAAACUUCGUAUGAAUUCGACAUGGAGGACACUAGACAAACACGAAGGGUCGUUAGAUACGAUGUGUCGGAUCCCAUUUAAGUGGAAAGAUGCGUUCGAUAAGGGAACAUUCUUUGGUGGAUCAACCAGCCUAACUUUGUCCUCUUUAACGUAUGAAAGAAUUUGUAUUCUCUUUAACAUUGCCGCCAUGCAGAGUCAGUUGGCAACUAGCCUCUGCACUGACUCUAAGAAUGACACUGCUCUGAAAUCUGCCGCCAAGUAUUAUCAGCUUGCCGGCGGAAUAUUUAAUUACUUGAAAAACAACGUGUCCGCCUGCAUUCAACAAGAACCGACGCCAGAUCUUCAACCCGACACUUUGAGUGCUCUAGCGGCCAUAAUGCUUGCCCAGGCCCAAGAAAGUUUCUUCCUCAAAGCUACUGCAGAUAAAAUGAAAGAUGCCGUAAUUGCCAAAGUUGCUUCUCAGUGUGAAGAGUUAUAUGCUGAUGCUUUGAGACAAAUGCAGAAAGAUACAUUAAAAGUAACAUGGGAAAAGGAUUAUAUACCAAUAAUAGCUGGAAAACAAGCUGCCUUUCAUGCAAUUGCUGAAUAUCAUCAAGCUUUGGUGUGCAAACAAAAAUCUAAUAUUGGAGAAGAAAUUGCUAGACUAAGUCAUGCUCAAGAUCUAAUGAAAGCAGCAGAGAAUCGAGCAGGAAUUAAUUUCAAUUACAAGGAUUACGUAGGUCAGAUUAAUCGGCUAUAUGAAGAAACAAAGAAGGACAACGAUUUCAUUUACCAUGAACGUGUACCCGACGUAAAGAGUUUGGCACCGAUAGGGAAGGCUUCUUUGGCCAAACCGUUACCUCUAUCUGAACAUCUGAGCUCAAAUUAUCAGGAUUUGUUUUCUAAUCUGUUACCGGUAAGCGUCCAACAGGCUCUUCAGACAUUUGACGUUCGUAAAACUGAAAUUGUUAAUAAUGAAAUUGGAAGUCUUCGAGAGCAAACACAAAUGUUGAAUGGUAUUCUCGCUUCGUUAAAUUUACCGGCUGCCAUCGAAGACAUUUCCGGGGAUUCGCUACCUCAGUCUAUUAAAGACAAAGCUAGUACCGUUAGGAUGAAGGGAGGUAUCGAGUUCAUACAAAGGUUAAUUAAUGAACUACCUGCUUUACUGGAAAGAAAUAAGCAAAUUUUAGAUGAGGCCGAGAGAAUGUUAAAUGAAGAACAGCAGUCAGACGAGCAGCUUUUGUCGCAGUUUAAAGAGAAGUGGACUCGGACGAGAUCUAGUAAAUUAAACGAGCCCCUGCGUGCCAGCUGUAACAAAUACAGGAGCAUUCUCGACAGGGCAGUUUCGGCAGAUCACGUCGUCCAGGAAAAAUUUGGCAAACACAAAAGCAAUAUUGAACUUCUCUGCAGAACUGAUGAAGAAAUUCAAGCUGCCAUUCCUUCGAGUAGUCCUGUUCAUUCAUCUAACAGUUCUGCGGUGGAUCGUCUGAAGCAGUUAAUGGAUCAAGUGGAUGCACUUCGUUCCGAAAGAGAAGUAUUAGAAUCCGAAUUAAAAAGUGCAACUACUGAUAUGAAAUCCAAAUUUAUGAGUGCUCUCAGCGAAGAUGGUGCUAUCAAUGAACAUAAUUUGUCUGUCGAAACUCUCGGAGAAGUGUUUGGUCUUCUUCAGAAACAGGUUCGAGACAGCAUUGCCAAGCAGGAAACACUUACUGCACAGAUACAGGAAGCAAACACCGAAUUUUGUAAUUCUCGAAGUGGCGAUAGAGGCACUUCUCAACGUGAUGCCAAACUUAGCGAGCUGGCCUCUGCCUAUGAUGCUUUCAUGGAAUUGACUAGCAACCUGGAAGAAGGAACAAAGUUUUAUGAAGAUCUCACUUACAUAUUAAUUAAAUUCCAAAACCAAAUAAAUGAUUUCACAUUUGCCCGCAAUACAGAAAAAGAGGACCUGUGUCGUGAACUUCAGAGAAACAUUGCCAAUCAGGCUGCGCACCCGACGCCCUCGCUGCCGGAAUAUCAUAAGAGUACGGAAGAUCAGAGUAAGUUUCCUUCUUAUCAAGGUUUUGCUGGUUUAAAUUAUAUAUAAUUUAUGCAAAA